AUGAUGAACCAUAUUCAUUAUACUGUUCUGUUGACUCUCAUCUAUAAAUCGUGCACAAGUUUUCUGGAUUUUCCGAGCGACAACAUUCGUAGAUUACCAGCACUAGAUAUUAUCGGUGGUUAUCCAAGUUUUUUCGGAGCAAUUUAUGUAUAUGAUGGCCAUAUCAAUCAAGAUUCGAACCGUAUUGGACCAAAGUCAAAUCGAUUUUUACCGCUUUCAACAGUUUUACAUUUUACUGUUAAAAGUACUGGCUGUUCGAAUCUGACUUCUAUCAAUUUGGAAUGUGAAGCAACAUGCCCAAAGAAUGAUCCAAAUUGUACAAUAGAGCAGCAAGCUGGUGACGAGGAAAACUUAUUGAAAGCAGCAACAAUGUUUGAAAAAAAAAGUAUCGAUGGCUAUGUUUAUGGAAAUAAAGUACGUACAAAUGGCCAACUGUCAAUCUUAAGACCAGAUGCCCGUGGGCUUUGCACGCAUUUGUAUAAGCAAUCUUUGAAGUACAAAGUAAAUUAUACAACUAGCUGUCGAUGGCACUUCCAUAGUGAAAAGGGUUGCGAUGUCAAUGACCUGAUAAAAUUUCUUUCGAAUCAGAUGAAUAGUACCGAAAUAUGUGAUCAAACCGGUAAUCAGUGUGUCGUGCCAAUCUUCAGAAAUAUGGUUACUAUAUCAAGCGAUGAAAAAUGUGAUAAUUACUCUGUAAUGAGCGUUUGUUUGGCUACCCAACAAGGAUCAAUUCUGGGAAUGCUAAUCGAAUUUUUACCAUCUUCUAAUAAGUGUCGCGAAAACUACUGUAUUUUGACAACAAAAAUAUCGUUCCAAGAAGUUUCACAACGAUUCCUGGACAAGAUAAAAAUGUCGAGAUAUGAAAACAGCGAAGGUCGCUUCCGGUGUCCAUCUGAAGUAACAUGUCCAGCAGAAUUAUUUUAUUUCUUGAAUACAUGUGAUCAUGGAGAAUUUUCAACACAGUUUUUUGUCGUAAUACCUCUUCUUGCUUUAUUUUUGUUGUAUGUAUCAUAG